AUGAUUUUGGGGUAUUCAAGAUUGGAGGAUGUUAAGAAAGCACGUCAGUUGUUUGAUGAAAUGCCGCAUAGAGAUAUUGUUUCGUGGUGUAACAUGAUUUCUGCUUAUUUAAAUGUUGGAAGUUAUAUGCAAAGUUUGUAUCUUUUUAGACGAAUGUUGUUUGUUGAAGGAAUAAAACCGGAUCAGGUGAUUGCUUGUUUGGUUUUAUCAGGAUGCGCUCACGUGGAGCGUCAUGGAUUGUUAGGUGGAAAAUCAGUUCAUGGUUACAUUGUGAAAAAUGGGUGGGAGUUGAAUGUGGAGAUAGGUGCUGCUUUGGUUAACAUGUAUGCUAAAGGUGGAGUUUUGAGAAAUGCUGCAAUGGUUUUGGAGUUGAUGGAUGAAAGAGAUGUUACGUCUUGGACGUUGAUGAUUUGUGGUGCUGUGCGAUGUGGUUUUAAUAAAGAAGCAUUGGUUGUGUUUGAGAAGAUGCAAAUGGAUGGAGUUAAACCUAAUGAAUUGACUUUCACCGGGGUGCUUAGUGCUUGUGCUCAUGGUGGGUUUGUUGAAGACGGAAGAAGGUAUUUCAAAAUGAUUGAGGAAUGUGGUUUGAAACCAAGAGUUCAACAUUAUGCAUGCUUGGUUUAUUUGAUUGGGAAAAGUGGGAUGCUAGAGGAAGCUUAUGAGAUUAUCAAAAUGAUGAAAGUGGAACCAGAUGUUGUUGUCUUGGGUUCCUUCUUGUCAGCUUGCAAGGAGCACAAGCAAUUUGAGAUUGCUGAGGGGGUGAUUGAGCAGGUUCUGAGGAUGGCAAAGCCAGAAAAUUAUAGAGGGCUUUAUAGCCUUAUUGCUGAUUUGUAUGUCAUAGGUGAUAAAUCAGAAGAGGCUGAAAGGAUGAAGAAGUUGAUUAUUAAGGAACAUUUGAGACAGGCCAAGGGGUUAAAUUUCGACAGAAACGGAUUAAGAUAA